AUGGAGAGUUCAACAAGGACUACCACACCAAAGACACAAAGACAAGAUAGAAUCUUGCAACAUCAAAGUCGAUUUUCAUCCAAAAAUUCUACUCCGAUACUCCCUCCCAUUAAAUUAUCAUUUCCACCAGAAAUCGAUAUCAAAGAUUUUGUAUCAAAGUUAUUAUUAUCCCGCAAGAAACGUUUGGGAAGAUUUCCAAAUGCCUUUAUUAUGUACCGUAAUGUGUAUGUGCGGUAUCUAAAGGAUAAAGGUUAUCACCUUCCCAUGACUGACUUGUCGCCUAUGAUUGGUUGGAGUUGGAAACAGGAAUCAGAAGAAGUGAAGAAAUGGUAUACAAGUUUUUCUAUAGAGGUUGAGAAAUUGUAUUUUCAGAUGGAUUGUUUUGAUACAAGCAAAAAGAAGCCUGCGACAUUUGUUCCUUCAACUGUUGCGCCAGUCACAACAGAUGACAAAACUGAUUCCGGAAUUGAGAUACAAACAUUAUUAUUAAAUCAAUCGGCAAAUGCGCUUUACUCACCCAUACAAAUCUUCAAUCAUAAUACGGUGACUGCUUCUGAAUCGAUGCUAGGUGGUGAGUGUUUGGAGGAGGAAUAUCAAUUGAGUUCUCCUACGUACUCUGAAUGGAAUGCAGCAUAUUAUAUAGUUUACACUAAUAAAACCAGUGAUAUGAUGACGACUUGA